GGUGAUGUCCAAUCGGCAUCAACGUGGUGACAAUAACGAUGGUGCGGUGACCCAAACUGACCCAGUGAUUCCAGUGCAAUCCAAUCCGAUUAGCAGCAUUGAUGAGCUGUAUCGCUGUAUCCAGCAAGAGAUUCAGUGCUACCGGACAGAACACGACUCUAUUAGGGCGGAUUUGAGCCGAUUAAUUCAGAGCAAUCAAGCGUUUGGUGGUGCGAGUGGGGAUGGGACAGGCGGCAACGGUGACGGAGGUUUUGAUCCCGAAAAUUAUAAUAGGAUAUCGGAUGAAGUGAUAACGAACUUGAAGAAUCAACUGGAGAUUGUUACGGAUGAAAAGAAUACCCUGGAAAGCCUCUGGAGGAGCUCUCAGAAGACAAUCCAAAUACUCGAGCUGGAGAUAGGCGAAUAUCGGCGACAGUUGCGACAGCCGACCGACAACCGGCUGCAGAACCUCCGCCAGCAGUACACGGCCGCCCUGCAGUUGUUGGAGCAAAAUUUGCUUUCGCUCCGCACCAAACUCGCCCAACGUACGGAGGAAAACAAACGCCUGCAGGUAGCCAGCGCAACCGGACAGGAACAACUGCGCGCCGUCGAGCGGGAUUUGGCCGCCCUGCAAACCGAGCACCAGAAGCUGCAGGCCACCGUCAAAGAACGGCACUCGACUGAAUCGCGUCUCGGCACCGACCUGGAACGAGCCAUGCGGGAGAAAGCCGAGCUUGAGGUGCUUCUGGAUCAGGCCAACGCUUUGGCCCGGCAGCACAUGAGCCGGGAGAACCAGGCUCUAAUCAAAGUGCAGGAAGCCCUGCAGAUUGCCGAUACGGCCAUCGAGGAGAAAAACUCGGUUGCGGCGCGGGAGAGGGGAGUCCGGGAUGAGUGCGAUUUUCUCGCUACCACCAUAGGGCAAGUGAUGGAGCAAGCGGCCCAGAAGGUGGAACAGGAAAUGAACGCUCUUCGAGUGGGGUACGAAAAUAGGAUUAGCGCCCUGGAGCGACAGCUGGAGCAGAUGAAAAGUUCACUGGAGCAGCAGCGAGACAAAACCAGUCAGUCCGAAAGCCGGGCGCGGGCCUUGGAGGACAAGUUCAAGGGUUUGAUUGUGACGAACCAGAAUCUGGAUGCGGAUCUUCAUGCUGCUUCCAAACUGAUAAUUGAGAUGGAAUUGAAAUUGGAAGCCUUCCAGAAGACGAUGACGAAGGAGCGCGAAAUCAGCAAAACCAGCCAGGCCCGGGAGCAGGACCUGAACCGGCUGCUGCAAACAAACGAACAGCUCAAGCAUCGCUGGAAGAGCGAAAUGCUGACACUGACCGAUGGAUUGCACCGGAAACUGGAAGCUCUCCGGCGGGAAAAUUGCAUGCUCAAGGCGGAAAACAAUCAAUUAAAGGAUCAGCUACUGGGAACUACGGCGACGUCGACGAUGGAGCUGGUGGGAUCACCACCGGCACCAACAGAUCCAACCGAGUUUGUACUGAGGACAUCCAAGCUGCCACCGACGCUGGCGCCGCCCCUUAGCUCGACGGGUGCAGGUGGUUCCGGUGCAAGGGGCGGUGGGGUCAAUUGAUUCCAAAGGAAUUGCAUCAUCAUCAUCAUCAGCAUCGUCAUCGUCAUCAGCAAUCACUAUCGGUAGAGUAGUUGUGGCGAUGCACGUUUUUUCAUCGUGAUUUGUAGGAUGCUCUAUCCAGUGCUCUUUCGUGCCUUGAAUAGAAAUGAGAUAUGAGGUUGUGCUUAUUUUACAGUGAUUGAUAAUGAUGGUGUGCAGACGGAGUAAAUAUAGAC